AUGGCGACCAGGAAAAAGGUGUUGCUGAAAGUCAUUAUUCUGGGCGACUCGGGUGUCGGCAAGACAUCGCUGAUGAACCAAUAUGUGAAUAAGCGCUUUUCGGCCGCCUACAAGGCGACGAUCGGCGCGGACUUUUUGACGCGCGAGGUCGUGGUCGAUGGCCGCUUGGUCACGAUGCAGCUGUGGGACACGGCCGGUCAGGAGCGAUUUCAGUCGCUCGGCGUGGCGUUCUACCGCGGCGCGGACUGCUGCGUGUUGGUGUACGAUGUCAACAAUCCCAAGAGCUUUGAGACGCUCGACAGCUGGCGCGAUGAGUUCCUCAUUCAGGCGAGUCCGCACGAUCCGGACAACUUCCCGUUCGUCGUGCUCGGCAACAAGAUUGACGUGGAAGAAAGCAAGCGCGUCGUGUCCCAAAAGCGGGCUAUGACGUGGUGCCAGAGCAAGGGCCAUAUCCCGUACUUUGAGACAUCGGCCAAGGAGGCUAUUAACGUCGAGCAGGCGUUCCAGACGAUUGCCAAGAAUGCGCUGCAGCAGGAGGCGGAGGCGGAGCUGUAUGCCGACUAUCCAGACCCUAUCCGAAUUGACGCGUCGAAUUCGCGCGCGUCUGGCUGCAACUGCUAA